GAACUGCGCAUGCGUGAUAUUCAUCCCGGACAUGUGUGUUGCACAAGCUAGUCCUCCUAUUUUGUACACGCCUUCUUCCUCCAAACACAUUAAUUAAACAUGAAAACAAGAUUUGCCACAGCGGACAUCAGGGCGGUUAUCGCCGAGAUAAAUGCCAACUACAUCGGCAUGAGAGUGAACAAUGUGUAUGACAUCGACAACAAGACGUACCUCAUUCGGCUACAAAAGCCUGACUGCAAAGCCAUUCUGCUGCUUGAAUCUGGCAUCCGGAUCCACUCCACAGACUUUGAAUGGCCGAAGAACAUGAUGCCUUCGGGCUUUGCAAUGAAAUGCCGCAAGCACCUGAAAUCGCGACGGCUCACCCAGGUGAAGCAGCUCGGCAUCGACAGAAUCGUCGACAUCCAGUUUGGCUCUGACGAGGCGGCCUAUCACCUCAUCGUGGAACUUUAUGACCGGGGUAACAUCAUUCUUACAGACUACGAGUACACCAUCUUGAACCUGCUGCGGUUUCGCACAGCCGAGGUUGAAGACGUCAAGAUUGCCGUGAGAGAGCGCUACCCUGUGGAGAACGCUCGGCCCCCGGAACCACUCAUCACUCUAGAACGACUCAGUGAAAUCAUCAGCAAAGCACCAAAUGGAGAUCAAGUGAAAAGGGUGCUGAACCCUCACCUUCCGUACGGAGCCACUGUGAUAGAACACUGUUUAAUAGAAGCUGGACUGCCAGGCUCGGUCAAAGUUGACAGCGAAGUGGAGGUUUCCCAAGUCGCACCUAAAAUACUGGAAGCCCUGCAAAUGGCUGAGACGUACAUGGAAAAAACGGAGAACUUUAGCGGCAAAGGCUUCAUCAUUCAGAAGAGUGAGAAAAAACCCAGCUUAAUUCCAGGGAAAGCCAGUGAAGAGCUGCUCACCUAUGAUGAAUUCCACCCGUUCCUCUUUGCCCAGCAUUUAAAAAACCCUUACUUGGAAUUUGAUACUUUUAACAAGGCAGUAGAUGAGUUCUUUUCUAAGAUGGAGAGCCAGAGGAUCGACAUGAAAGCUUUGCAGCAGGAGAAGCAAGCCUUGAAGAAGCUGGAGAAUGUCAAAAAGGACCACGAGCAAAGACUGGAGGCCUUGCAUCAAGUUCAGGAAGUGGACAGAGUGAAAGGUGAGCUGGUGGAGAUGAACCUGACGGUGGUUGAUCGGGCGCUGCAGGUGAUCCGCAGUGCCCUGGCCAACCAGGUGGACUGGACGGAGAUCGGCGUGCUCGUCAAGGAAGCGCAAGCCGCUGGCGAUCCUGUGGCGUGUGCCAUCAAGGAGCUGAAGCUGAAGACCAACCACAUCACCAUGCUUUUAAAGAAUCCUUACAUCACUGAGGAAGAGCAGGAGGAGGAAGCCGUUAAGGAGUCCAACGAGGACAAGGGGAAGAAAAACAAAAAUAAAGACAAAGGACAGAACAAGAAGCUGCAGAGGAACAAGCCCACGUUGGUGGAUGUGGAUAUUGGCCUGUCAGCCUACGCCAAUGCCAAAAAAUUCUAUGACUGCAAGCGCAGUGCUGCAAAGAAGGAGCAGAAAACCAUCCAAGCAGCAGAUAAGGCCAUGAAAUCAGCAGAGAAAAAAACCCACCAAACCUUGAAAGAAGUCCAGACGGUGACUACCAUUCAGAAGGCCAGGAAGGUCUAUUGGUUUGAAAAGUUCUUGUGGUUUAUCACCUCGGAGAACUACCUCGUCAUCGCAGGAAGGGACCAGCAGCAGAACGAGAUAAUCGUCAAGCGCUACCUGCGGGCUGGCGACAUCUACGUCCAUGCUGACCUCCACGGUGCAACCAGCUGCAUUAUCAAGAACCCCUCAGGUAAUCCCAUCCCCCCUCGCACCCUGACAGAGGCGGGCACCAUGUCUGUGUGCUACAGCGCCGCCUGGGAUGCUAAGAUAGUCACCAGCGCUUGGUGGGUCCACCAUCAUCAGGUGUCCAAGACAGCACCUACAGGAGAGUACCUGACCACUGGUAGCUUCAUGAUUCGAGGGAAGAAAAACUAUCUUCCACCUUCCUACUUGAUCAUGGGCUUUGGCUUCCUCUUCAAGGUGGACGAGCAGUGUGUGUUUCGGCACAGAGGCGAGCGUAAAGUAAAGACGGUGGAGGAGGACAUGGAGGAGGUGGCCAACAGAACUGCUGAGCUGUUAGAGGAAGGGGAGGAGCUGAUUGGUGACGAUAGCGGUGGUGAGGAUGAAGCAGGAGGAGAGGAGGAGGAAAAUAAGCUGCAGGUUGACGAUGUGGAGGAUACGAGGGGUAACGACUCGGAGGCAGAGGCGAGUGAAGAAUUGAGCUACCCUGAUACCACCAUCGCCCUCACUCAUCUGCAACCCAACAGGAGCUCCCAGAAAGUCACCUUUAAAGAAGAUGAAUCCCCUCAGGCCGACGUCCACUUGCUGGGGAAGAAACACAUGACAGCGAAACAGAGGCGAGAGGAGAAGAAGAAAAAGCAGAAACCAGAGGAAGCGACCGACCCCGACAACAACACCGACCCCGACAACACCGACCCCACACCAGCAGCACAGGAAGUGGACCCCGGCUCAAAAAGUGUGACCGGCCCCUCCCAGGCGCCGCCCAAGAGAGGCCAAAAGAACAAGAUGAAGAAGAUCCGAGAAAAGUACAAGGACCAGGAUGAUGAGGACCGGCAGCUCAUGAUGCAGCUGCUCGGGUCAGCAGGUUCCACAAAGGAAGAGAAGGAGAAGGGAAAGAAAGGCAAGAAGGGAAAAGGGAAAGAGGAACUCCUCAGGAAGGCCGCCCCUCAGAAGCCUCCUCCGAAACCUCGCCAAGAGGAGACGGCGGCCAAAAGACCACAGCAGAGGACAGGCGAGGAUGAGGAGGGGGCUCUUGCGGAACAAGAGGAGAAGGAGGACGACGUGGAUCCAGACAACCCCGGAGCAGAGGAAGCAGAGAACCUACUCACCUCUCUGACAGGACAACCUCACCUGGAGGACGUGUUGAUGUUUGCAGUGCCCAUGUGCGCCCCCUACAGCGCACUCUCCAACUUCAAGCAUAAAGUCAAGCUGACACCAGGCAGUCAAAAGAAAGGCAAAGCUGCACGCACUGCACUUUUGAGCUUCAUGAAGGCCAAAGAAACUUCGGCGAGAGAAAAGGAUCUUCUACGCAGCGUCAAGGAUGGCGACCUGUCCAGGAACAUGCCUGGCAAAGUGAAAGUGUCUGCUCCCAACCUGCAGGCGGUCAAGAGGAAGUAAAAUGAUCACCUUCUGUAGGUAAUUGACAUUGGACACUUGAUUUAGUGUUGGAUCAUGAAAAUGGAUUCUGAUGACCAAAUCUCAUCUUUGGAAUGGAAAACAAAUCAUGUGAAUAAUAACACAAUACAACACAGUUCUUUUUAGUGCCUCUCAUUUUCACCCUCUAGAGCAGUGGAUCUUAACCUUGCUUGAGAUACCGAUCCCCACCAGUUUCACCCUUCUUUAGUGAAAAAUACAAUGUUUUUUUUUUCAAAUUUAGGACAAAGUUAUGUUUUUUUACUGGUGCACAAAACGAACUGCAUGAACAUCACCUUGUUCAAAGAACAAAACCAACACAGUGCAUAAACUCACAACAAAUUACACACAUGCAAAUCAGUGUGACUUCUGCAGUUGCCGUAUCCAUAAAGCCAAUAGGGAGAAGUUUUUAUUCACACGAUGAGCCGGGUGUGUCUUGACCUACGCUGCGGAGGCUCCGUCGAACCCCUGAGGCUGACUUACCGAACCCCUAGGGUUCGAUCGAACCCAGGUUAAGAACCACUGCUGUAGAGCAGUGGUUCUUAACCUGGGUUCCUCCUUGUUGGAGGUACGGAACCCCACCAGUUUCAUAUGCGCAUUCACCGAACCCGUCUUUAGUGAAAAAUAAAAUGUUUUUUUUCUUCUUUCAAAUCCAAGACAAAUAUACAUGUUUUUUUUUACUGGUGCAGAAAAUGAACCGUGCAUGAACAUGACCUUGUUCAAAGAUCAAAACCAACAGCGUGCAUGAACUCGGAACAAAUUACACACCUGUAAAUCAGUGUGACUUCUGCUGUUGCCUUUGAGAGACCAGUUUAGAUAUGCGUGGCUUCACCAUGGCAAGUGCCACACUCAUCUCAUUUUCACAGCAAAGUCUGUUCCUUUUCUUUGUUUUUAUGUCCAGCACCCUCGAAAAGGAUUGCUCGCAAAGACUAGGGGUAUCCAUAAUUCGCCGAUAGGGAGAAGUUUUUAUUUACACGAUGAGUCUGGUGUUUCUUGACCUCCGCCAAACCCCUAGGGUUCGAUCGAACCCAGGUUAAGAACCACUGCUCUAGAGACAGCAUGAGGUACACCACACUUGUCUUUAUACGCAUGUCAGAUGUGUAGCGAUUGAUUUGUAUUGUGGUUGUCGUUAGUCCUGUUGUAAAGUCAUCCCUAGUUUGCUGUGCGAAGGACCUUUUAGUGGGCUUCAUAAGCGACCAUCUUGCUAAGGUGAGCUGCAACAACAGGACACUUUACCUUCUAGUUAAAGACGACUUGCCAAAGUAUAAAGACUGGAAAUAUCACUUCAACACGAUAUCAAAGGCCAAAAGUUAAAAUAUGACAAGAGAUAUCAAUCUAGGGGUGAACUGGUACGGUACAGAUUGCUGGUAUCUGGGAAUCGAUACCGGUGAUAAUAACUUUUAUUUAUGAUGCACUUUUCAUUCUCUACUUAUUAAAAGACAUCCAUCCAUCCAUUUUCUACCGCUUGUCCCUUUCAUGGUCACGGGAGGUGCUGGAGCCUAUCUCAGCUGCAUUCGGGCGGAAGGCGGGGUACACCAUGGACAAGUCGCCACCUCAUCGCAGGGAGGGCCAACACAGAUAAACAACAUUCACACACUAGGGCCAAUUUAGUGUUGCCAAUCAACCUAUCAUAAAAAAGAAAAAAAAUGCGUAACACCUCACACAAUUUACAGAUGAAAAUUCGCUGUAAGCUUUUUUUUUUUAAAAAGGUAGGUCUUAAAACUUUUUUAAAGCAUCCACUGAGGUGAUCAGGAUGGGCAUUUCACAGACGAAGGGCGGCCGCUUCAAAAGCCUUGUGGUCUUGAGCUGUGUCCUGGGUGCGAGCUGAUGGAAUCAGUGGGGGCAUCACUGUGCAGACAGUGGUGGGUGUGCAGGAGAACCUUGUAUACAUUCGAUGUGGGCAAAGAUGAAGGGUGUGGAGAAUUGGGGGGGAUGUGCUCGUACUUCAACAGCUUCUUCAGGAUUGUUCUGAACAUACUGGAGCGUUUGGGGGCUCCUACCAAUGCUCCCAAUGAGGAGUGCGUUACAGUAAUCCAACCUGGAGGAGACAAAGGCAUAGACGAGCUUCUCCACACCUGGAAGGGAGAGGAAAGGGCGGAGUUUGGAGAUGUUAGAGUUGAAAGAAGAAGGUUUUGCAGAUGUGGUUGACAUGAUUGUUGAAGGACAGGUGGGGGUCAAACUUGACCCCAAGGUUGGUAACAGAAUGUUGUGGCCUGAGCAGAGUUGUUGAGGGGUAUCGGUUUGAAUGGCUUCUGUUUUUGAGCCAUUCAGCUGCAGGAAGUUUUGGCUCAUCCAUGCGUUUAUCUCCUCCAGGCAGGAGCUGAGACGAGCAAUAGUAGCAGACCUUAAGGUAGAGUUGUGUGUCAUCAGCACAGCAGGGGAAGCAUGUACUGUACAUGGCGAAGAGGGACUCAACGGUGCCAAUGUUCGGUACCUUUGUAUGUGUUAAUAAAUGUUAAUUGAUAAUAAUUGUAUUUUUAUGUGACAAUUAAAAAUGAGCUGAUUAUGAUAAAUGUGCUGUCCAGUUCUUAUAUCAGGUUUUGAGUCUCAUUACCACUCCCAAGACCUUAUAUGGCAGUACUGUAUAGACCAGGGCUAUUCAACUACAUAAUGAAGAAGGCCGCAGUUUUAAGAGCCCAGGGGACAUUGAUAUUAUUACUGUGUACAACUAUUUUACCUCCAGGUACCAUUAAAGAAACCUUGACCUUGAAAUGUGGAUGUUUCGUCAGAAAGGGCCUCCACAGGUUGUAUUCCUUUGAGAAUGUGUUUACUUAAUCGUAAAGUAAACACAUGGGCUUUCACAAUGAACUGUGAAUACAUUAAUUAUUCUGCUCUCGCUACUCAUUUCCAGCGGGGGCAGCUAAAGAGAUAGUCUACAGUAUGAAGAAACACUUCUUCCUUCAUUUAGGUUUGUAAGAUAUAUAAAUAGAAACAUUACAAAAGUAUAAUGUCCAUUGUGUGUUUGACCUAAAUAAAAAAGGUUUAGUGUAAAACAUUGACACAGUAAACUACAGAUGUUGACAUUUUGCACCUCUACUCAGAUUUAGCGCUAUAAUAUUAAAAGAGCUUUGAUCGCUAGAGUUACUCAGCCGAAAACACGACCACGAAUACCAAAGACAUCACUAAGUCAACGGUCCGACAGGAAACAUGACUCGAGUACUAAAAGAAGUCAGAUUUUCGCAAUUUGGAUUUUUUUCUGGGUCGAUAGUGCCAUUUUUGGUUUAAAUAAGUAGUCUUCUUCUACCCACUCUACUGACGCUUCAUUGGUGUUGCCCCUAAUUUGAAUGGUGUGUAAUUUGUCCCUAGUUUGUCUAUCUGUGUUGGCCCUGCGAUGGGGUAGCGACUUGUCCAGGGUGUACCUUGCCUUCCACCCGAAUGUAGCUGGAACAGGGCCUAUCUCCAGCCCCCCCGCGACCCUGAGAGGGACAAGUGGUAGAAUAUUGAUGGAUGGACCAAGCCUAUUUGGGCGAUGGUCGGCAGGCCAAAUGAAAAGCUUUGGCGGGCUGCCAGCUGAAUGGGCCUGGUAUAGGCUAUUUAUGGUAUGUUUGACAAGGAAGUAGCUUUUUCCAUGAAGCUGGAUGUGUUAUGUUGCGCCCUACAAAGUGCUUAUACUGUAAGUAUUGUGCUUAUUGCACACCAGCUGUUUGAUUAUCACAUUCACCUUAGUGGUGGUUCUCAUUACUAUAUUUGGAGGUGUUGCCAUGGAAAAUUGCAAAUGCUAAUAAUGGCCUGUUUAUGGCAAAUCCAAAGUAAAUAAGUAUCAAACCAGAGUAUUUUGAAAGAGGAGCCUUACUUUUAACAUUGGUGACUUUUCUACCAAGCAUACUUACGUUGAUAGAGUUUGGCUGAGUCCGUCCUGAGUUAUAGUUAGUGAGCCGCUGUUUAGCCAUGUCACGUGCAACAAAGGUAUCGAGAUAUGGCACCGUUGGAUUUGAUGUGAAUCGGUACCCGGUAGUACCGACAAAAUUUGGUUGGUGCCCAUAAAAGGACCAAAUUUGGUACCCAUCCCUAUCUCAAUCCAGUGGAGAAUAAAUAUCAGUGUCCAAAUAUACACACACACACACACACACACACACACACACACACACACACACACACACACACACACACACACACACACAACUGUGAUUACAGACUAAAUAUUGAUCUGAAUGGGGUGAUUACCUGUACAAUUAUUUACUUUUCAUAUUUAUAAUUCACUGACACAAAUGAGUAAAAAUCUGUUUUCACUUUACCAUUAAAUGAGCUGCGUUCUUUUUCAAAUACUGGUCAAAAAGCCAAAUAACAUUGACCAUGAUUUCAUUUAGAAAAGCAAUAAAAAGAAGAAAUAUCCAAGAGGGGGUGAAUACUUUUGUAAGGCACUUGAUGUACAUUUACGAAGGCGCUUGACACGGAGUGUGUAUCGGGUUAACUAUGUAUGGAUCUUCAAAUGCUUUUAAUGUGUCGUAUUGAGGUGAAGGCUGAAGGAUAUAACGGAACA